AUGGCACAGGUCUCCAAGUCCCGGGGAAUCCGCAUCGCCAUCGACCGCGGCGGCACCUUUACCGACUGCGUCGGCGAGCACAAUGGCGAGGAAAUCAUUAUCAAGCUUCUUUCCGAGGACCCCGCAAACUACAAGGAUGCGCCUCUCGAAGGUAUCCGCCGCAUCAUGAGCCACUUCACCGGCCGUGAUAUUCCUCGUGGAGAGGCGCUAGAUACCUCCAAAAUCGAUUCCAUCCGCAUGGGCACAACCGUCGCUACCAAUGCCCUGCUUGAGCGCAAAGGCGAACGUAUUGCUCUCAUCGUGACAAAGGGCUUCAGGGACUGCCUCACAAUCGGUAACCAAUCGAGACCGAGAAUCUUUGACCUUGCAAUUAGGAAACCGGAUGUCUUGUACGAGCAGGUUGUCGAAGUUGAUGAGCGUGUCACACUGGAAGACUACGCCGAGGAUCCCGAGAGAACCAUCACCGAGGCCGACACGGUCGCAGGCACUGAGGCCGCUCAGACCAAGGAACUCGUUCGUGGCUUGUCGGGCGAGACAGUUCGCAUAAUGCGUCGGCCCAACCAUGAAGAGAUCAAGGCGCAACUGAACGAAAUUUACAACGGAGGCAUCCGAAGCAUCGCCGUCUGCCUUAUGCAUGGUUACACAUUCCCCGACCACGAGGCCGCCAUCGGCAAGCUUGCCAAGGAGGUUGGCUUCACUCACAUUUCUCUCAGCCACGAGCUGAUGCCCAUGAUAAAGCUCGUCCCCCGCGCGACAUCCGUCUGUGCUGAUGCCUACCUCACCCCCACCAUCAAGAAGUACAUUGACGGAUUCCAGUCCGGUUUUGCAGGCGGCCUGGGCACUCGCAGUGUCCAGGAGACGGAUGGACCAAGGGGCGCUCGAUGCGAGUUCAUGCAAAGUGACGGUGGCUUGGUAGAUGUUGAGAAGUUCACGGGUCUCAGGGCCAUCUUAUCUGGCCCUGCCGGAGGUGUGGUUGGCUACGCCAUCACCUCGUACGACGAAAAUACAAAGACGCCAGUCAUCGGCUUUGACAUGGGCGGUACAAGUACCGAUGUAUCACGCUACGGCGAGGGCAGAUACGAGCACGUCUUUGAGACAACGACUGCAGGUGUCACCAUUCAAUCACCUCAGCUGGAUAUAAACACCGUUGCGGCUGGUGGUGGCUCGCGCCUCUUCUUCCGGAACGGCCUCUUCGUUGUCGGGCCCGAAUCAGCUGGCGCCCACCCCGGACCGGCCUGUUAUCGCAAAAGUGGCCCUGCUACCGUGACAGAUGCCAACCUGUACCUAGGUCGCCUGCUUCCCGAGUUCUUCCCCAAGAUCUUUGGCAAGAACGAAGACGAGGGCUUGGAUGUCGAGGCCAGUCGCAAGGUUCUCCAAGAACUCGCUGAUCAAGUGAAUCGCGAAACGGGCAAGAACAUGACGGCUGACGAAGUUGCCUACGGAUUCCUAACAGUGGCUAACGAGGCCAUGACCCGUCCCAUCAGAUCCAUCACCGAGGCGAAGGGCCACGACUCUUCCAAGCACAGACUCGCCACAUUCGGUGGUGCUGGUGGUCAGCAUGCCGUUGCAAUUGCCGAGUCUCUCGGUAUCAGCCAAAUUCUGGUCCACAGAUAUUCCUCCGUUCUUUCGGCCUACGGAAUGGCCCUCGCGGACGUCGUUGACGAAAGACAGGAGCCAGAAUCGUCGGUCUGGGUCGACGGUGGCGAUGUCGUUGCGGACCUAAAGUCCAAGAUGGAAAAGCUCAAAGAAAAGUCUCGCGCUGCACUAAAGGAGCAGGGCUUUGAGGCGAGUGAGAUUGUUUUUGAGGAAUAUCUCAACAUGCGCUACCGCGGUACCGAAUCCGCUCUCAUGAUUGUGAAGCCUACUGAGGCAGAGGCCAAGGAAUUCUUUGACGGAAAGGACUGGCAGUUUGGCCAAGCCUUUGUCAAGCAACACCGCUACGAAUUCGGGUUCACUCUCGACGAGCGAGAUAUUAUCGUGGACGAUGUACGCGUUCGUGGAAUCGGCAGAAGUUUCCGCAACCACGAGAAGACUGUGGAUGAGCAGCUCAAGACCAUCAAACGCCAGGAUGCUACCGAGUCCAAACGCCACAGUACACAAAAGGUUUACUUUGAAGGGGGCCGCACCCAUACACCCAUAUACAAACUCGAGAAUCUGUCAGUUGGCGAUGUCGUCCCCGGCCCCGCCAUGCUUGCCGAUGGCACUCAGACCAUUGUCGUUACCCCCCGAGCCAAGGCCCUUAUUACUGAUACACAUGUCAUCCUCGACUUGCAGAAGGAAGUUUCAAAAGAUGAGGCCCACAGAUCAACAGAACGUGAAGUUGACCCCAUCAUGCUGAGUAUUUUUGGGCAUCGCUUCAUGGCUAUUGCUGAGCAGAUGGGGCGUGCUCUGCAAAAAACAAGCGUCAGCACCAAUGUCAAGGAGAGGCUAGACUUUUCUUGCGCCAUAUUUGACGCUGAUGGUGGCUUAGUAGCCAAUGCUCCCCAUCUGCCAGUUCAUCUCGGAUCCAUGUCGACGUGUGUUCGACGACAGGCGGAGAUUUGGAAGGGCAGGCUAGAGAAGGGCGACGUCAUUGCUUCCAACGACCCCUCCUACGGCGGCACGCACUUGCCUGACAUCACACUUAUUAUGCCCGCCUUUGACGAGAGCGGGACUCGUAUUCUCUUCUACGCUGCCUCGCGUGCACAUCACGCUGAUAUUGGCGGCAUCACCGCGGGCAGCAUGCCCCCCAACUCACGCGAACUUUUCCAAGAAGGCGCUGUCUUUAAGAGUGAAAAGAUUGUUAGCAAGGGUAAAUUUGAUGAGAAGCGUAUCACUGAGAUUCUAUACGAGGGUCCGGCGCAAUACCCUGGCUGCAGUGGUACUCGCUGUCUUGCUGACAAUAUUAGUGACAUGCGCGCUCAAGUCUCGGCAAACAAGAAGGGUAUCUCUCUGAUCGAGACCCUGAUUGAGGAGUAUGGCGAGGAUACCGUUCAGUUCUACAUGGUCAACAUUCAGAAGAAUGCUGAGACGUGCGUACGCAAUCUGCUCAAGGACGUCUACAAGCGAUUCGAAGGCCGCGAUCUCUCCGCUCUGGAUUUCAUGGAUGAUGGCUCCCCAAUCCAGCUCAAAGUCAAGAUUGAUCCCGAACAAGGCGAAGCGGAGUUUGACUUUACCGGCACUGGUCCUCAGGUUUACGGAAACGUCAACGCGCCCGAGGCUAUUACGUACAGCGCCAUCAUUUAUUGUUUGAGAUGCCUAGUGUCUCAAGAGAUCCCUCUAAACCAAGGAUGUCUGCGCCCUAUUAAUGUCAAGAUCCCGCCGAAGUCGUUACUCUCGCCCUCGCCUGGUGCUGCCGUCGUCGGCGGCAACGUGCUCACCAGUCAGCGAAUCACCGAUGUUGUCCUCAAGGCCUUUGAAGCCUGCGCGGCUUCGCAGGGCUGCUGUAACAACCUCACAUUCGGUUUUGGUGGCAACGUGACCGGACAGAGCGCCGUACGCGGUUUUGGCUACUACGAGACGAUUGCGGGUGGCAGCGGCGCUGGUCCUGACUGGGUCGGCACCAGCGGCGUGCACGUGCACAUGACCAACACGCGCAUCACCGACUCGGAGAUCUUCGAGCGCCGCUAUCCCGUGCUAUUACGUGAGUUCUCCAUUCGGAAGGGCUCUGGCGGCCGGGGCCAGCACCGGGGCGGCGACGGUGUGGUGCGCGACAUUGAGUUCCGGAUCCCGCUGCAGGUGUCCAUCCUCAGCGAGCGGCGCGUGUACCGACCGUAUGGUCUGCGAGGUGGCGAGGACGGCCAGUGCGGGCUGAACCUGUGGGUGCGCCGCGUGGAAAAGGCCGACUGGCAGCGGUCGAUGCAGUCGGUGCAGGGCGAGACGGCGGGCGAGCAGCAGGACAAGGAGGCGAGGGGCGUGGAGUACGAGGAGCGGUACAUUAACAUUGGCGCCAAGAACUCGGCGGCCAUGGCUGCGGGUGAUCGCAUCAUCGUCAACACGCCGGGUGGCGGUGGCUGGGGCGCGGCCGGCGAGGAGAGCGUCGCCAAGGAUCGGGCGGACCAUACUGAUGCGUGGAAGAAGGGGAGCGGUGCGGCGCGCGAUGACGCUGCGCUGCAGGCAUAA